UAUCAUUUUUAUUUGGCAUUUGAGAAUUCGGUCUGCCGCGAUUAUAUCACCGAAAAACUUUGGAAGCACGGUUAUCAGCACAAUGUUGUGCCAAUUGUCCUGAAGCGAUCCAUUGUGGAGCAAUACGUGCCACCGCAUUCCUUUAUCGCUGUGGACGAUUUCGAAACUGUUGGACAGUUAGCCAGUUACCUAGAAUAUUUGAUGCGGAAUACGUCUGCUUAUAGGGAAUAUUUUGAGUGGAGACGGGAAUAUAAAGUCAUAUUUUUGGAUGGCAGGAAUCACGAUGAGCUCGAGCGACCUUGGGGCUUUUGCCAGCUUUGCAGGCUGUUAUGGAUGGAACCACGUCCACAAUUUACUCUGAAAAAUUUCGAUGAUUUUUGGAACAAGACAUGUGAAUCACGUGGCGCUUUGGUGACUAAAAUUUUGCGGCAUGAAAAGAACUGGAAGAAUUUUUCAAACGAAGCAGUGAACAACAGCAGUGAGUUUCAAGCACAUUAG